AUGAGUUCUAUUUCCAUUUAAAAACACGUGAAUUAUGGAGAAGUAAUUUUGAUAGUAGGAGAUUGUCAUUUAGUGUAAUGGAAUGUGUAAAAUGGAAUUUAAAUGGAAUGGAAUCCAGGUGAUGUAUGGAGAGCUUAAGUGGAGAGUUGUUGUUUACCUAUGAAUUACAGAUACGUAAUAGUGAAAUAAAACAAUCGGCAGAUUGUAGAAUGGGAAGAUGGAAUAAACAGAGUUUUUAAUAAUAAGAAGGAUGUAGAAGAUAUAUGGAGCCACAUAAAAAUAAGAAUGAAAGUUAACUCAUUUGUAGAUUCAAAGAUGUUUGUAAAUUUAUAUUCAGAAAAGGGAAGAUCUAAAAUUAGACUAGAUAAAUUCGUUACUGAGGAAAACAAAUUUGAGUAAAAAUUAGAAGUAGAUAUCCCAAGUAAAUCCAUUAAUUCGUAUGCAUAUAAAUAUUAACAAAAUAAAAGGUGGGAACGAAAUGGAGUUAGAAUAUUCUCUAAACAUCCCAUUAUUAAUAAUGUUAUUGAAAUCAUAGAUUCUGAUAUCAAUUUUGAUCUCAAUUACAAUCAAAUAUUGGAAAAUAUCUAUGUUGGUUCAUUCAUUUAUUGUGAGUAAGAUAUAGAAAUAACUAUUUUAGUGAA